GAGCAGGUUGCACCAAAAUAACAGGUCCUUUUGACUGCAGCCAUGAACAUGACAGCUCCCCUGGUGCUGCUGCUUUUCACUGCCUGUAUGGCCAGUGGGGCUCUGCUGCCCAAGGCCUUAUGGCAGUUUGGGAGGAUGAUCUCGUGUGCCCAGCCCGGUGUUAACCCCCUGGAGUACAACGAUUAUGGCUGCUGGUGCGGCUUCGGGGGGACGGGAACCCCUCUGGAUGAAGUGGACAUGUGCUGUAAGGUUCAUGAUAAAUGCUAUGAAGCAAGCAGAAAGGCUCCUGGAUGCACGGCUAUUGCUGACCUUCCCUACGUCCUUGUUUAUGAUUUCACCUGCUCAAACCAACAAGUGACCUGCUCAGCUACCAACAACAAGUGCCAGGCCGCGGUGUGCGAAUGUGACCGGGUGGCAGCUCACUGCUUUGCCCAGGCCACAUACAACCCUGAAAACAAGAACCUGGAUCCCAAAGUCCACUGUGUCAACUGAAUUACACAACCUCCCGUAAAAAAAAAACAAAACACAACAGUGGAUUUGUCACAUAUUGUUUUUUUUUAAUUUUUUAUUUCUUUAAAAUCUUUAGACAAAACCUGGCAUAAUAGAGGUCUGACUGUGGAAUCAGUUUGAAAUAAAGACAAUAAAGACAGUGAGACUCA